AAUUAUGAACAGAUAUGUACUUGUGCCCGUCCCAUGAUCCUCUCUUUCUUUUCGCCAUCUUAGCCGCAGCCAUGAAGGUCGAGCUGUGCAGCUUUAGCGGUUACAAAAUCUACCCUGGUCACGGUAGGCGAUACGCCAGGAUAGACGGAAAGGUUUUCCAGUUCCUGAAUGGAAAAUGCGAGGCAGCUUUCCUUUCCAAGAGGAAUCCUCGGCAGAUCAACUGGACUGUUCUAUAUAGGCGCAAGCACAAGAAGGGCCAGUCCGAAGAGGUGCAGAAGAAGCGAACCCGCCGUGCUGUGAAGUUUCAGAGGGCCAUCACCGGCGCUUCUCUGGCAGAAAUUAUGGCUAAAAGAAACCAGAAGCCUGAGGUGCGCAAGGCCCAGAGGGAGCAGGCGAUCAGGGCUGCUAAGGAUGCUAAGAAAGCCAAGCAGGUAACCAAGAAGACAUCUGCCCCAAGUGCUAAGGCUCCAGCAAAGGCUGCACCUAAACAGAAGAUCGCCAAGCCCACAAAGGCACAGCAACCACGUGUUGGUGGAAAACGCUAAGCAAAAUGAAGUGUCAAGGAUCUGUAAUAAGUUGACAUUUGCAAACACUGUGUCAUGAGUAUUUAUCUGCAAGGUGAAUAAAGCUUUUUAAAGCA